AUGCAUUUGUCGAGUGAAGUGAGUUCGACUACAAACGGACUGGGUCAUGAGGCACCAGCGUCGAGUUACGCUAGCGGUCUUCCCAGUCAGCCGUUGACUGCUGAACUUUUGGCUGAAAGAACUCUGGAAGGCUUGUUAGCUGACCAUCCUGGGGAGCUCGUGAAGACGGGAAGUCCCCAUGUGGUCUGUACUGUUCUACCGCCACAUUGGAGAUCAAAUAAGACUUUGCCAGUGGCCUUCAAGGUAGUGGCGUUGGGUGACGUCGGUGACGGAACUUUAGUCACCGUGCGGGCAGGCAACGACGAGAAUUGCUCAGCAGAGCUUAGGAACUGUACGGCGGUCAUGAAGAACCAGGUGGCGAAGUUCAAUGACCUGAGAUUCGUCGGGAGAAGUGGGAGAGCCAGGUUAUUGUCAAGUCAGCAGCAUAUUUUGCUAUGA